GCGGAUGUGUUGUGUGUUUAGCGGCGAGAGACCGAAACGAAGUUCGAGUUCAAGAAUCCAACCAACGAAAGUAUUGAAAAGAUUUGGAAAUAUUUUAAGGAACAAGAUCGGAGACCGUACCGGAGUCGAAAAGUGAACCAUUUCGCAGUUCAGUUUUGAGUUUUGAGUUUUGAUUUCGCGGUAAUACAAUAGCCGGAAAAUGUCAGCGAGCAAUUAGUGCAGUUUCUCGUCCAGAUCCAGAGCCACAGUCAGACAUAAAGAGACAAGAGUAGAGACAAAAGGAUUGGCUGACUGGCGUAAUAAAUAAUAAACAACGACACAUCCAGAGCUGAUGAAAACACCCACAGUGGAAUACGCAACAACAGCAACAGAAACAGAAACAACGAUUUCAGUUUGUUGUCCCCAAAAGAAAGACCAUUAUUCAAAUCGUAAAAUGAUAUAAAGUUCAAAGUGCGCCCCCAGCACGAGUGCAAGUGGAACUUUUGUACAUGUACACGACAAUUAGAAGGAGAACUACAACUACCAACAGCGAAAGCAAAAGCAACAGCAACAGCAACAAAAUGUCCAACUGCCAAAGUUCAGUGUUCAUAGCCGUAGGCACCCUGCUCUCCAUUUUGGCGGCAGUGCAGGCGGCGCCAGUAUCCACCACCACACAGGCCGAGAUGUAUCUCUCCCAGUUCGGCUAUCUGCCUGCCUCUGCCGGCAAUCCUGCCAACAGUGGACUCCAGGACAAGUCAAAAUGGCUGAAUGCCAUCCAGGAGUUCCAGAACUUUGCCGGCCUCAACAUUACCGGCGAGCUGGACGACGAGACCCUGAAGCUGAUGUCCCUGCCCCGUUGCGGAGUGAGGGAUCGCGUCGGCACGGGCGACAGUCGUUCGAAGCGCUAUGCCCUGCAGGGCAGUCGCUGGCGGGUAAAGAACCUUACCUACAAGGUCUCCAAAUACCCCAAGCGGUUGAAGCGCGUGGAUGUCGAUGCUGAGAUUGGCCGCGGCUUUGCCGUUUGGUCCGAGGACACCGAUCUUACCUUCACGAAGAAGACCACCGGCCCCGUGCACAUCGAAAUCAAGUUCGUAGAGAGCGAGCAUGGCGAUGGCGAUACCUUCGAUGGACAGGGCGGCACCUUGGCCCACGCCUUCUUCCCCGUUUUCGGAGGCGAUGCGCACUUUGACGACGCAGAGCUGUGGACCAUUGGCUCGCCCCGCGGCACUAAUCUGUUCCAGGUGGCGGCUCACGAAUUUGGACACUCCCUCGGCCUGUCGCACUCCGACCAGAGCUCGGCUCUAAUGGCGCCCUUCUACCGCGGCUUCGAGCCUGUGUUCAGGCUGGACGAUGACGACAAAGCGGCCAUCCAGUCGCUGUAUGGCAAGAAGACGAACCAGCUGAAGCCCACCAAUACUUACCCGCCCAGCACGCAACGUCCCUCGUUUACGCCGCCAAAGGUGCCGCUGGACGACAGCAUCUGCAAGAACUCCAAGAUCGACACGCUCUUCAACUCGGCCCAGGGCGAGACGUACGCCUUCAAGGGCGACAAGUACUACAAGCUGACCACGGACUCCGUGGAGGAGGGCUACCCCCAGCUCAUCUCCAAGGGAUGGCCGGGACUGCCGGGCAAAAUCGAUGCCGCCUUCACGUACAAGAACGGAAAGACGUACUUCUUCAAGGGCACCCAGUACUGGCGCUACCAGGGACGACAGAUGGACGGCGUCUAUCCCAAGGAGAUCAGCGAGGGAUUCACCGGCAUUCCCGAUCAUCUGGAUGCGGCUAUGGUCUGGGGAGGCAAUGGCAAGAUCUACUUCUUCAAGGGCAGCAAGUUCUGGCGCUUCGAUCCCGCCAAGCGGCCGCCCGUCAAGGCCAGCUACCCCAAGCCCAUCUCCAACUGGGAGGGGGUGCCCAACAACCUGGACGCGGCGCUCAAGUACACCAACGGCUAUACGUACUUCUUCAAGGGCGACAAGUACUAUCGAUUCCACGAUGCUCGCUUUGCGGUGGACACUGCCACGCCCGCCUUCCCCAGACCGACGGCACAUUGGUGGUUCGGCUGCAAGAAUACGCCCUCGUCCACAGGUAAUAUUGUCGAGGGCUCGGACUCUGAGUACGAACAGCACUCGAUGGUAUCGCAUGCCGAUGAUGGUAAUAGUGAUUUUGAUUUGGACGCAGCAGUUGGCGAUCACCAAAGCAACGACGAGCCCAUCGGACCGGAAGUGGCCGAGCGUACGGGUUCCGGAGCCAUGUCCGUUUCGCAGCUGACAAGCAGCUCGGCAGUAAACACUGUGAUCUCCACCAUCCUGUUGUGCUUCAUCUCCAAACUGAUUGCUAGCUAAAAGAGCCAGGCAGAGCAUUUUCCGAAAAAUAAACACUUAGGAACUUAGGAAAACUGAACUAAAUGAAAGCCGAAACAACUCAAGUAAAAUUUCUAAAAUUUUACCGCACGUUGGACACCGAAAAUGCUUGAAAUUCAAAUGCGUAACAUCAUAUCGAAUACAAUGAGAGGAAAUGCAAAUCAAAAUAGUCCCAACAAAAAUUGAAA